GGGCCAGGCCUGGCCGGGCCGCGGGGGGGUCGCGGCAGAGAGGCGGUGCCGGGCGGGCUCCGCGGCCGAGGGCCGGGCGGAGCGCAGCGCUGAACCGAGCCCAGCGGUAGCCGGGAAAAUAAGAUUCAGAUAUGUCCUUCAUAUUUGAUUGGAUUUACAGUGGUUUCAGUAGUGUAUUACAGUUUUUAGGACUGUACAAGAAAUCAGGCAAGCUAGUGUUUCUUGGACUGGACAAUGCUGGAAAAACUACACUACUGCACAUGCUUAAAGAUGACAGACUGGGACAACAUGUCCCCACGUUACACCCCACUUCGGAGGAGCUGACAAUUGCUGGCAUGACUUUCACUACCUUCGAUCUGGGUGGACAUGCUCAAGCUCGCAGAGUGUGGAAAAACUAUCUGCCUGCAAUUAAUGGCAUUGUGUUCUUGGUGGACUGUGCAGAUCACGAAAGAUUGCUUGAAUCAAAAGAAGAACUUGAUUCACUAAUGACAGAUGAAACCAUUGCUAAUGUGCCUAUCCUAAUUCUUGGUAACAAGAUUGACAGACCUGAAGCCAUCAGUGAGGAGAGGUUACGAGAGAUGUUUGGUCUGUAUGGACAGACAACAGGAAAGGGCAGUAUACCUUUGAAGGAGCUGAACGCAAGGCCGCUGGAAGUGUUCAUGUGCAGUGUGCUAAAGAGACAAGGCUAUGGGGAAGGCUUCCGUUGGAUGGCACAGUACAUUGAUUAAUGCCAAAAUCACACCCCUACAUUCUGUCCCCUGUCUGAAUAUUAAGUCUGCUCCUUAUUUGAUCACUCGGUUGUCUGUAACUUGAAUUCAUUUGGCUGUUUAGUUAUAAAAAUACACAUUUUUAGCUAAUUAUAUCAUGUAUGCUAAACUGUAAGUGUGAGGAUUGAAAAACUACUUCAAGCAAGUUUGUAAAAGUACCACAACCUGAGAGCUUUCUAAUCCCAUACAACAUUCUUUUGCAGCUUUUAAUUUAACAAGUCUCUGGCCAGACUUGUUGGUCAGAGCAACUUUCCAGUACAGUAUGUUUGAAUGCACUUUUUAACAGCUAAGAGCUACGAACAUGUGAAAAAAUAUUUAAUGCUUAUGUUAAAUUUUUUUAUGUACUUUUUGAAACUGGUUUUAUAACUUUAGAGUAUAUAACCAUCUUUCAAGGAAUAAUAAAUAAUUAGCUGAUGGAUAAUUGCAUGAUGCCUUACGGUUUUCAAUAAUAUACUUUCUUAUGCAACGUCAUGCAAUAAAUUUAAAUCCAGUGUUUGGCAACUUUAAUGGAAAAAUGUUUCAUUUUAAAGUGUCUUAACUAGCAAGGCUGCUUGAUUAUCUGAAUACGUGGGGUAUUUUCCUGAAACACAGAAGGGCCACAAAGUAGUUUCAUGUUAUGUUAGAGUAAGGUGGUUUUUUUCCAGACUACCAAGUUGCAUUUAUUUUAGGAUUUAGCAUUAGUAAAAGAAAAAUCUAAUCCAAUGCCCUUGUAACCACCACCUUUAAAGUACAAAUAAUGUAAAUCAGCUUUGCUAGUGUAAAUCUUGAAGUAAUGUCAAAAGUGGUCUUAGUCUCUUGAGUUAAACCACUGAAACAGCACAAGAAAGAUUUUUGGUCUACUGGAAGAUCUGCCAGUGAAAUUGCCAGGGGAAAAAAAAGUAGUUGCAUUUUCUACGUGUGAAAAUUUAUCAACCUGCAUCCAAUUGGGCAAUUUUAGUGUUUUGCACAGGGACAAGACGGAUUGUUUUCUGUGGUUUUGCCGUGAAACCUGGCCAGUUUGGUAGCUGCUGGCUGCCCAAGUGACUUCUGGGAAAAAAUUUGGUUAUCUGCAGUCUUCAUUUCCAGGAUUCUGACUGUUUCUCUGUCUUUGAGUGCAUUACUUCUCGAAGGAGAAAGCAGGAUAUUUUUGAAGAAGGGUGUUGAAGCACCUGCGUCUGUCAACAUCUUGUUGAUGUUGGCUGCCAUUGCCAUGGAGCUGUGACUGGUGUUUCUAUGUGCUGUGGAUGUUUUGCUCUAAUCUCUCUAAUGAAGGUAGGGUUUCAGCCCUGGAGUUGCUGUUUCACCGUGAUGGGUUUGAGUUUCACUGAGUAGUUUGUUUUCUCCUUGUACAAGUACAAAUUGUUGCAAGUGCUUCUGCUGAAUCCCUUUUACUCACCAUUGUAGGUCUUCUCCAAAAUAAUUUAGGCCUUAUGUUUCCAAUAUCCGUGGCAGAAAAUGUAUUUCUGGUGGAUUUGAAUAAGUUUCUCUCUUGACCUGCUCGGCUUGAAUCUCAGAUUUAAAGCCUAUAGUCACACAGCAAAUAAAUGAGACUUACUCCUUGCCCAGAUCUGAACUCAUUUGAUUGAAUAUUGAUGAUCAUUUCCCCACAGUCCUAGAUUGUGCAUUUGAGUAAGAUGAAUAAUUCAGAAACUGACUAAUGAAAAUUGGAACCGAAGUUUAUUACUGCACAAUCAUAUGCAAAAUGUUAAGCCUAGUUUGUGCACGGUGAAGUUUAGAGUGAUGGUGUCGGAUAGCUUUUCAAAUGACCAGUGUAAGAGAAAUCUGCAUUUAAACUAGUGCUCAGCUGUAGUUGUCUCUGUUGUAUAGAUCAAAACUGGAGGUAAGAAAUGGCCUCUCACCAGCACGUGGACAACAUCUGAGUCUUUGCUACUUACAGGUGUUACCUAGGCGACAUGUCUUUUUUCUCUAAAUUUUUCUGAUGAUGCAGAGAACAGCAGCUAAAUCAGUAGAUGGUGUAAAUAUUAAAAAUGCUACUUGCAGUGUCACAUUGUGGCAUUGAUGUGAGAGAGCUGGGACUGUGUUGCCUGCACUUAUGGAAAUGAAGCUGGAGGGGUUCUGCUGCAGACACUUCCACAGGCUGAGCCAUUGGGUGGGUACUGUGAGGUCCUUUUCACCUGCUCUUCCACCUGACUAGAAAUAACAUUGGCAGUUAGGAAAGGGGUGAUAGUAUUAAGAAUUUUAAAAGAAAGGAGGUGAUACUGCUUUAACAGUAUGUUAUAAGAGUAAUUCUUAGUAUUUUGGAAAUACUCAGAUGUCGUGUUUCCUAUGUAGGGUGCUAGUUUAAACGUGGUUGUAAUAAGGGCAUGAAGAAAUCUGGACCUUGUGUUUAUCCACCUGGGUAUUGCAAUGGUUCCUGUUGUGGCGACAGCUGAGCAACACUCAGCUCCAUAUGCAAAUAAUCCUGCUCUGUUUCAUAUCAUUCAGUAGAGGAAGUCUCUUUCUUCUGUAGUUACGUUCUCUUGUGCACAUGAAUGUGAAUGGGUGUUGUGUGUCUGUGCGAAGACUUCAUUAAUAGACAAGUAUACUGACGCGAGUUUUUCUAGUGGUUUUCAUCUCUACCCCCUUCACAUCUCCCCUGUCAUUUAUUUUGGGAGGUUUCUAUGAUUGUGACCAGUCUUACUUAACUUAAAAGCAACAUUCACAUUUGUGUCCGACUUCUCUGAAUUUUUUUUUUUGCACUCUUGACUAUGCAGAUUUCAAUUAGACAUCACUUUAAAGAAUGUGAAAAAGAAAACUCAUUAAUAAAGAUGUUAUUUAUGAA